AUGGGCAAGUAUUCCCCAAUGUAUUCCUAUGGCUAUGGGCCAGCAUUUCUCAAUGCAUCCCUAUGGGAAGCUAAUGGUUUGUUUUCCCCAUCCUACAGUGUUAUUCCCAACUGUCAGUUUAGAUCAAAGACAGCUCGUUUGAAAACAUUCACAGCUAACCAACUGGAUGAAAUUAAAGAUCCAUCUGGACUUUUUUAUAUUCUUCCUUUCCAAAAGGGCUAUUUGGUAAACUGGGAUGUUCAGAGACAAGUCUGGGACUAUCUAUUUGGAAAAGAAAUGUAUCAGGUGGACUUCGUAGAUACCAACAUCAUAAUCACAGAACCUUAUUUCAACUUCAGUUCAAUACAAGAGUCCAUGAAUGAAAUAUUGUUUGAGGAAUACCAAUUUCAAGCAGUUCUCAGAGUAAAUGCUGGGGCUCUUAGUGCCCAUAGAUACUUCCGAGAUAAUCCAUCAGAACUGUGUUGCAUUAUUGUGGACAGUGGCUAUUCUUUUACUCACAUUGUACCUUACUGCAGAAGUAAAAAGAAGAAAGAGGCAAUCAUAAGGAUCAAUGUUGGAGGAAAACUAUUGACCAAUCAUCUGAAGGAGAUAAUUUCAUACAGGCAACUCCAUGUUAUGGAUGAGACACAUGUGAUUAAUCAAGUGAAAGAAGAUGUAUGCUAUGUUUCACAAGACUUUUUCAAGGAUAUGGAGAUUGCCAAAUUGAAAGGGGAAGAAAAUACUGUAAUGCUGGACUAUGUUUUACCAGACUUCAGCACAAUCAAAAAAGGCUUUUGUAAGCCAAGGGAAGAAAUGGUGUUAAGUGGAAAAUACAAAUCUGGUGAACAAAUACUUCGUCUUACAAAUGAGCGAUUUGCAGUUCCAGAAAUACUGUUCCACCCUUCAGAUAUUGGCAUUCAAGAAAUGGGAAUACCUGAAGCCAUUGUUUAUUCAAUCCAGAACUUGCCAGAAGAAAUGCAACCUCAUUUCUUCAAGAAUAUUGUUCUGACUGGAGGAAACACACACUUUCCUGGCUUCAGGGACCGUGUUUACUCUGAAGUUCGGUGCCUUACUCCAACAGACUAUGAUGUUUCUGUUGUUCUGCCAGAGAACCCUAUUACCUAUUCCUGGGAAGGUGGAAAGUUGAUUUCUGAAAAUGAUGACUUUGAAGAUAUGGUUGUAACAAGAGAAGACUAUGAAGAAAAUGGACAUAGUAUAUGUGAAGAGAAAUUUGAUAUUUAAAUGGAUCAGCUGUAUAUUGAUACUAUAUUAUGUAUGUUCAUUGGUGAACUAGCAAGUUUUCUUAAGCUAGUGAUUAUAGAAUUCAUAGACCUGAAAUCAUUUUAUGAACAUAGUAGUUGUGUAAUAUACUUAUUUUUUUUUAUAUCUGUGCAGUUUAUUGGUUUCAUUUUUCAUAGGACUGUUUACUACAGUCUGGGUGAAAGAUAUAUAAUUAAAGAUACUGUAUAUAAUGAA